AUGAUAAAAGAAGAAGACACGGAGGAAUGGAAGAAGCCGCUUGUCCGCGGCUCCUGCCGUUCUGCGCACCUCUGUGCGUCCUGGGCGCACUGUGUGUCCCUCAGCGGCGCGGCGCAGUCCACACAUGUCCACAUGUGUCCUCACGUGUCCUCUCGUGUCCUCACGUGUCCCUCAUCUGGGAGGACCAACAACAGGUCCCAGAGGAGAGCAAGUUUCAGGUCCAGCGCGCGACCAUAG